AUGUUUAAAUAAAAAUAAUUAAAUUAUGUUAAAAAUUGUAGAUAAGUUAAGAGAAUUAGUUUCAUAAGAAUUGUGGAUAAAGUUCUUCAAUUCUAUUAAUGGUAGACUUAUGCUUAAAUUGAUAAUGCUUAAGUCAGUUGUCUGUAAGCUUAACAACCCUAUUAAGUCGUUAUGAUGCUAGGGAUUCUAUUUGGCUAUAUUGGAAGUUCUGAA